AUGUCCCACAUCAUCGACAUGCCCUCUACAUCUUCAUCAACGGCGCUGGGAGCCGGUAACAAGUACUCGGUCAUCCUCCCGACCUACAAUGAGCGGAAAAAUCUGCCGAUCAUCGUUUGGUUACUCGCCAAAACGUUUGACGAAAACAACCUGGAUUGGGAGAUUAUCGUUGUGGACGACGCGUCGCCAGACGGAACCCAAGAAGUAGCAAAACAACUAGCGAACCUCUAUGGAGACGACAAAGUCCUGCUCAGACCCAGAGCAGGCAAGCUCGGUCUGGGUACUGCCUAUGUCCACGGAUUGGAGUUCUGUACAGGCAAUUUCGUCAUCAUCAUGGACGCCGAUUUCAGUCAUCACCCCAAGUUCAUACCCGAGUUCAUCAAACUACAGCACCUGCACAAUCUGGACAUCGUGACGGGCACACGUUACUCUGCCUCUAUCCGACCGUCUCCGAAGGCAGCAUCGAAGCCUCUGUCAUCACAGCGAAUCGGAUUCGGAGCCGGAGGUGUCUAUGGUUGGGACUUGAAGAGGAAGCUUGUCAGUCGCGGUGCCAACUUUUUGGCGGAAACCGUGUUGGGGCUCGGUGUUACCGAUCUAACGGGUAGCUUCAGGCUCUACCGACUCCCCGUAUUGCGUCACAUCAUCUCGGUCACGCAAUCCAAAGGAUACGUGUUCCAGAUGGAAAUGAUCGCACGUGCCAGAUCGCUCGGAUACAACAUUGGGGAAGUUCCUAUCACCUUCGUGGACAGGAUCUAUGGGGACAGCAAGCUCAGCGGGGGCGAGAUUGUGCAGUACGGUAAAGGCGUCUUUGGGCUGUGGGCCAAUAUUUGA